CAGCAAGAAAGUGUAUAUAAAGCAUCUCCAAUUUCUCUUACUUUAUUAAUUAACAAUUGCUUGCGGUGAACUGAAGACUGUGGUGCAUUUGAGCGUCGUGAUAAUGAGGGUCCUUCUGGUCGUCGCACUGUUUGCGUACAGUUACGCGGGGCACAUCGGUUUUCAACAUUACCAGGCGAACCUAGGCGCUAUUAUACCGCAUAUAAUUCAGCAGGAGGCGGUCGAUGAUCACGGCGCGGGCAUUCAAAACCUGGGCGAGCAAGGGCACUUGCAAGUGCAAGAGGAAGAGGAGCAUAACGAGAAGGAGGAUGGGCAUUAUGAUUAUUACGCGUACCCCAAAUACACAUAUAAGUAUGGUGUCAACGAUUACCAUACUGGAGAUAUUAAAAGUCAACACGAGACCAGAGACGGGGAUGUGGUGAAAGGGCAGUAUUCCGUUGUGGAGCCUGAUGGUUCAAUUCGUACGGUGGAUUACACGGCUGAUAAGCAUAAUGGUUUUAAUGCUGUCGUUCACAAGACGAACGCACACAAGCAGCCAGAACAGGAGCAACACCUACAAUCCUACAAUUAAAAUUGUUUUCC